AUGGCGCGGGAGCAGCGCGAACCCCUCCACACCCACAGCGGGAGAGAGGGCCCGGGCCCGGGCCCCGGGCAGCACCUCAGCCGCCUCACACAGCAGCUGCGAGAGGUCCGCAGGAAUACUGGGAAGCGAUGCAAAGGGAAGAGCUUGGAUGAGGCGCUGCAGCUUGUGAAGGGAUUACGUGAGGAAUUGUGGGAAAGGACGGAUGAGGAGUUAGCUCCUCUGAUUUGCUAUGUGCUCCUUCUUCACACAGAGAGCGUCACUCACCUCAGCACCUUUCGGUGCUUUGAACAGAUUAUUUUGCAGCUCGCAGAGGUCAAGGGCUCGUUGGUAAAGGAGAAGAUGCAAAAAAAUCUGAUUGAAAUGGUGCAGCCGAAGAGAAUCCUGUCUCAGAAGGACCUCCAGAUAGUGUGUGGCUUUGUGGAUGAGAGCAGCCUUGGCCGGCAGAUCUGGAGGGACAAUUUGGACCUGCUGUUAAACAAAGUGGCUGACACGUUGAGUGACAUGGUGGAAUGUGAGAGCCAGUACAACAAAGACUGGUGCUACCUGGCCAUGAAGCUGUGCCUCCAGAUCUUCAGGAAUAUGCCCGAGGAGAUUGAACCCAUGGUGUGGGGGGGUCAACAGGGAACACUGCACCUGCAGAGGAUUCUGGGAAAUCUCUUGCGGGUCAUCGCGGGAAGGAUAUUGAGCAGAGACUGCAGGCUGCUGGCCGGCACAGCUCUAGUGAUGCUGAUUAACACAGUCUCUGACCCAGAGAGGGGAGCAGCAACAGCCCACUCACUGCUACACCUGGGGUAUAAAGAGGAGCAAGAAUUUGUCUUGGGGGAGCUGAAGGUGUCACUGCCGGUGCUGAAGACUGAUGAUGCAGAGAGACUGGUGCUGAGUCGAGGCCUUGUUACCUGCCUUAGGAAGGAGAUCCUGGUGUGUCGGCUAGCAGCAUGUAAGAAUGGGGGCUGUGUUUUGCUUGAUGUGCUUUUCGCAAAUAUCUCUUGUGAAGAAAAGAACACCACUGUUUGCUGCAUGCUGGAAGUUCUGUCUCUCUGGUUAAAGUGUGUGAAAGAGAAUUUGGAAGAGAUCUGGAAGCUGACUGAUCGGAGAUUAAUGGCCGAUUGUUCUGCCAUCCAAGCAAACCUGAUCCAGCUGCUAUGGGACAAUGUGGAGAGCCCGGUAGAGGGUGUGCUGGAGUUUGUUCACUGCUCAUUCCGCCUCUUGUUGGAGAUUUACAGAAUGGAGUGCGUCCACUUCCAGCAUCCCGAGCGGCCUCUUUACUCCACGUUACUGCAGAGGGUCAGAGCACUCCCGUGGCAGGCGAAGGCAAAAUACCUCCUACUCUCUUCCCUGGUCUCCUUCAUCGGAGCCAAAAAGGUUUUGGACAGUUAUGAGGAGUUGCCUAAACAUCUGUUGAAGUGCCUCUCAACCAACAACCUCUCUCCGGCAGCCACCGAGCUUUACAAAACCAUACUUCAGGAGCAGCGACGGGAAUGGACGUUAAAGCACAGAGACCUCACCGAACUAGAACUGGCUGAGCUUUGUGCCCAGUGCUGGCUAGUCACGCUGACGGAGGCCUUAACCUCUGAAGUCUCGCUAAUUCAGCAGAACGCAGCCAACUACCUUUUAGUGUGGACGCUGAGGAUCUUCCCAUGUUGUUUUGAUGUAUUGUCUGGAGCACUUGACAGUGGAGACUACGGGCACCAGAGGGCCUGGACCACCCUGCUGAGCACCCAGCGCCUGACAUCCGGCUUCCUGUGUCUGGAUCAGGCGACCCUGAGCAAGAUUAGGGGCUCGCUCCACUGCCUGGAGGAGAAUGUCCGCCUCGACGCUCUGGGUGUUCUAUGCUCCAGCCCCAAAACCAACCAGGCAAUGAGUGAGACUGAGCUGAACCUGCUGCGGGAAUUCCUGCCCCUCAACCUGAACUGUGAUUCCUCGUCUUUCCGCCAACUGCUCCAGACCAACAUUAAGAAGGCUCUGAUGAGGAUCCGAGACAGUUGCCUGCUCUGCCUCCGCUCGCAGGGGAAAAGCAGUUGGAGCAAGAGGAGGGGAACUGAAGCUGUGACUGAAGCACAAUCCAUUCUUUCUCAAGGGGUCGAUUUUAUUCAGUGGUUGUUGGAGCUGAGCGUCACCUCACUCCUCCCAGGCCUGAAUUACCAGCGGAAGAGGACAGCCCUGCUUCUGCUGUCAACCUUGUUAGAGACUUGUACAGACAGCUGGUCACCGGAGAGGAGAAAGGGGCAGCCACCUGAACACACGAGUGAAUUGGUUACCUGGGCGAGACAGCAAGGCUCCUGGGAUUUCUUCUCCAAGUCCACCCUCCUGGUGCUGCUGAACUGCUUGGUGGACGGAACUAAUGAGAUCAGGGAGCUCGCUGCCGAGCUGCUGGUUAGAUAUUUCCCAAAGAGCCUUCCGGAGCCGCUGGGCACAGCACUGUUGCAACGAGCUCUGAAGAUGGCGAGUUGCCCAAGGGUCCAAGUGACCGAGGCCGGAGCUUUGAUGGUGACAGUAGCUCUGCAGAGAUUAAAAGAUGUAGACUCCACCCUUCAGUGCUUGGCAGCCGGACAGUGCGGGGAGGCGGGGCCCUGCGGGGAGGCGGAGCCCUGCAGGGAGGCGGGGCCCUGCGGGGAGGCUGAAGGGAAUGCCCGUGCGGGGCUAUCGUCAAGGCAUUUGACUUUUGUGUCCUUCCUGCAUCAGCUGUUGGAGAAGCAAUACAGUGUGGCUCGGGCAGACCUGCUCCGGGCUGCGAGCACCAACCCCAUGCACGGUUUGAUCAUGUCAUUGAGGAGGUGCCUGACUGAGGUGCCAGAGACCCUGUGCUGCCUGGGGGAGGAGACCCUGGCCGGGGGCUGGCGGGCGGUCCUGGAGAAGCUGUUUAGUACACUCAACAGCCUCAGCCACUUCCUCCUCGGGGUCCUGAACGGAGACCAAGACUCAGGCCCACAUCAGCAACUUACGGCUCCAUCGCUUGCAGACAUGGGGAAUGCCAUCAGAGCAGUGAUCUCCGAGGGGAGGGGGGUGGAGGAGGAGUCGGUGCUGCUGUCUGAGGCCCACGGGUUGAUCCUGACCUGCUGCUGGGUCUCCCUGAAGGAGGUCGGGGUGUUGCUGGGAUGCCUGGUGGAGCAGGUGUUCUCCCUCGGUGUCUGUGGAGCUGGCAGCUCUCUGCUCAGUGUGGCUCAGACAGAGCGGAUCGCUGGUGUUUUCAAGGACAUCCUGCUGACGUGUCGACAUUGGGGCACAGUGGAAGGCUGCAGUGCCGGAUUCACUACAUUUUGUGCUACGCUGUUGAAGCAGCCACUGCUAGAAUUCCAGGAGAUUCCCAAAAGGAUCCUGGAUCAGGGUUUGUCGGUCCUGACGAGGCCGUGGAGCAGCUCGGUUACACGCAGGGCAGCUGGACUACCGAUGCUCGUGCUGUGUGUGGUGUCUGCAGAGAACAGCAGCAGGCGGCCCCUCCUCAAACACUGCGUCACCUCGCUGCUGGAGAUUGCCAGUGACCCCCUGCCCAAGACCUGGGACCAGACGGUGGAUCUGCCCCAGGUUUGUGCUCUUCAUAUGUUAAAAGCACUGACUCAGGGCUCUGGGCUGGGGACAGCAGUGUUACCCUACAUCACAGACAUGGCGAUGCUGUCACUGCGAGCCUUGAGCUCCCCUUCCUGGGCCAUGCGCAAUGCAGCCAUCCAACUCUUCAGUGCUUUGACCACUCGACUGUUUGGCCACAGGCGGAGCCAUGAGAAUCUGUGUGGUCAGGACGGGCCGUCCCCUCGGGCCUUCUUCGUGCUCUAUCCCGAGCUGCAGGAUCUUCUUCUCCGGCAGCUGGAGCUGGCCACUGCUGCCCAGGGAGGCCAACUUCACCUGGUUCCCUCGCUUCACCCCAUCCUCACUCUGCUGGCCAAGCUUCAGCCCAGUGACGACAGCACACACAGUUCUUUCUCCAGGUUUCUCCAACCUUUAACCUUGCUGGCUGCCAAUCCGAUUUACAGCGUGCGAGUGAGUGCUGCAAAGGCCUUGGUCCCGCUGGUUGCCCGCUCUGAAUACGGGAGGGUCCUGUGCGGUUUGACAGCUGGGCUGCCUCCUCCCGGCAGCGGCUCAUCACACAACGCUCUGCAUGGCCGUCUGCUGCAGCUCCAGGCCUUGCUGAGGAGAGCGCUGGACACUGGCUGCUUGGAUCCCGAGGAGAAGCAGUGUGUGGUGCGCGAGCUGGAGGGGCGGCUGUGGCUGGUGAGCACGGCUCAGCGCUGCCCUCUGAUCAGGGUCGCCUACCUGCAGGUCAUUGCCUCCGUGGUGAGGACGUGCAGCCAGGGUUUCCUCGCCCAGCUCUGGGUACUCAUCCUCCCACAGCUCAGGGCUUCCCCCUGCCAGCUCAUGAUUGGAGCUGCAGUCUUCAAGAGAGAUGUUACUCACUUCCUGUGCUCGGAGGCAGCAAGAACCAGGGACCCUCAACAACUGGAGCAAACCCGUCAGUUGUUGGUGUCGGAGGAUGUGGAGGUCCGCCUCGCUGUGCUGACCUGGGUCACCGAGGGGCCUGACAGACACAGCAGUCACUUGUACCCCUUCAUAUUGGCAGAGCUUGUGCAAACCCUGCCCUUGGUGUUGAAGGAGGGCAGUGUGGAGUAUGUGAGCCGCCACCUGGAGGCAAUGGUGCUCCUGCAGGCCAAGGGGCCAGCAGCGUCUGGGUGUCAGGGGCAGAGAGUGGAAUGUAUCCGGGCGCUGCUGACUGAGCUGGAGAAGACUUACCGUGGGCCUGAGCUGUGCUGUCACAUCCUGCGCUCUCUCAGCUCACUGCUCCCGGGAAGCUUGCAGGCAGUGGCUGUUGCCGAUGUGGAGCAGUGGUGCUGGGUGCUGGAGCAGAGCAGUGAGGUGCCAGGCGAGGUGGCACUGAGGCUGGGAGCAGCCCAAUCGCUGGAGCUGGCGGGGGUGGCGGUGGUGGAGUGGGCCCUGAGCACCACUCCCACAGUCGCUGUGAGGCUGAUAAACCAAGGCCUCCGCUUACUGCAGGACGCAGACCAGAGAGUGAGGAAGGCUGCUGCUAAAUUUGCUACCUACAUUCACCUGCUGUCCAGCGGGGAGGGCAGGGAUUUCACUUACCUCCAGAGCAACAAGGGCCUGGUCUGCCUCCUGGAAUUCCUGCUGGCAAACCUCUGGGAAUGUGAGGAGACGUUCGAGAUGCUCAUGAGCCAUGUCCCAGCAGCUGACAUGAGCGGAAUACUGCAGCAACUGGAGAGAAAUCAGUCGGUGAAUCUUUAUGAGCAGGACGAACCCAAUAUCUUUGCAGAGCCAGCCAUAUUCACCAGGCUCCUGUUGCCGUUCCUCCUCCGGAUGGUGGACAGGUUGAGCCUUUCCGCGCCGCACCUCAGACAGCUCACCGCCUGGAGCACAGCACACCUCCCCACUGCUCUAAACAACAUAGACAACUGUAAGCGGAGCUGGAGCCAAGGGAACGGAUUGUGCCUGUUUGAUUUGUUGGCUUCGGGGAAGCUGUGCACCUCUCUGGUGGCUCUGCUCGUCAAGGCUGCUGUACUCCUACGCCUCCUGGAGUUGUUCGAAGUUCAUGACAUGAAUCCUUUCCAUCUUACCUGCACGUCGCACAGACUGAGAUCCGACCUGGAGCUUUUGCACAGACUGCUCACACACAACGGCCUGAUCUCCCCCAGUUUAGCAGCAGAAUUAAUAACCUGGAGAAACCCGGUCACCAAGAGCUGACAGGAAUAUUUCACAUGUAUUUACCAGCAAAAGCCACAGACGAGGCUCAUUCGACUGGCUGCGAGUUCUCUUCCCUCCUCUCCUGACACCGCUGACCUACUGAGCUCCACAGGUCCUCACAUGGUCAGUCU